AAACACCACCACAUAUAGUUGCAAAGUGGAUAAAGAAAAGAAAAAGGAAAUAAAAAUACUAGCAUGAAGAACUCUAUGGCUAACCAGAUUCUCCUCUUCACUCUCAUCUCCAUCUUUCAAUUAGGACUCAUCGCCUCCCACACCAUCCCUAAUCAAGAUACUAGUUACAUGAAGUUUGUAUAUGAGGCAAGUGAGUUACAAGAAAGUGAAGAAUAUGAUUACAUAAUAAUAGGAGGAGGAACAGCAGGAUGUCCAUUAGCUGCAACAUUAUCAUCUAAAUUUUCAGUUCUCCUUCUUGAAAGAGGCAAUGACCCUAACAAAUAUCCCUCAGUGUUAAAUGAACAAGGCCUAUUGAAUGCUUUUGUUGCAGAAGAUGAUGGCCAAAAUCCCUUCCAACAUUUCAUCUCUGAGGAUGGUGUAGAGAACUUAAGAGGGCGUGUUCUCGGCGGUGGUAGCAUGAUCAAUGCCGGGUUUUACUCGAGGGGUCAUCGUGACUUCUUUGAAACUGCCGGUGUGGAUUGGGACAGGGAAUUGGUGGAGAAGGCUUAUGAAUGGGUUGAAGAAACUGUGGUAUCUAAGCCGAGUUUGAGUCCAUGGCAAGCUGCUUUUAGAAGUGCAUUAUUGGAAGGUGGCGUUGGCCAUGAUAAGGGGUUUGAUUUGAGGCACCUUGUGGGGACUAAAACUGGAGGAUCUAUCUUUGAUAACAAAGGAAACAGACAUGGAGCUGUAGAACUUCUCAACAAAGGUGAACCUAAAAACCUUAAAGUUGCAACUCAGGCCACAGUCCAAAGAAUCAUCUUCACUGGUUUAUCAGCAAGUGGGGUUUCAUAUUCUGAUUCAAAAGGAAAGUUGCAUACAGCAUUCAUUCGUAAAAAAGGAGAGAUCAUACUAAGUGCAGGAGCCAUUGGAAGUCCUCAACUUCUCCUGCUAAGUGGGGUUGGCCCAAAAUCUUAUCUUUCAUCCUUAAGACUACCUGUCGUCCUCGAUCAACCACACGUCGGGGAAUUUAUGUCCGAUAAUCCCCGUUUCAGUCCGACCAUCGUUCUUCCAUUCCAACUAGUUUCUUCAUCUGCACAAGUAGUUGGAACAUUAGACCACAAUAUCCACUUGCAAUCUUUUGCUAGCCCUUUACCAUUUUUUGCUCCACCAUCGUUUAGCCUUCUUCCUCCUCAAUUCACUUCAAUUGUCCCUAGCUUAGCCAUAUUUGUUGGUAAAUUCUCUGAUGUUCAUUCUGAAGGCUCACUUCGUUUGAAUUCCUCCAUUGAUGUGAAGGAGAGUCCCAUUGUUAGAUUCAAUUAUUAUUCACAUCCUGAUGAUCUUGCUCGAUGUGUUAGAGGAGUAAGAAAAGUAGGGGAUUUGCUUAAAACUCCAACCAUGGAAAAGAUUAAGACUCAAGACUUAGAGGGUAAUAAAAGAUUUCAGUUUUUGGGGCUUUCUUUGCCAGAAAAUUUGUUGAAUGAUACCGCUGUUGAAGAAUAUUGUCAAAAAACAGUGACUACUUAUUGGCAUUAUCAUGGAGGAUGUUUGGUGGGAAAAGUAGUUGAUGAUAACCACAAAGUGAUCGGAAUUGACAAUUUACGUGUAGUUGAUGGCUCCACUUUCUCUGUCUCACCGGGAACUAAUCCUAUGGCCACCCUCAUGAUGCUCGGCCGGUAUGUUGGCCUCAAGCUACUGCAACAAAGAUCAAGUUAAAGAGUGCAAACUAUGACAGACCAUUUUGUGUAGCAAUUUUGGUUGUGGGUUAUAUGUAUCUUCACUUUAAUUAAUUGUUAUUAUUAUUAAAUUUCUAUCCAUUACUCUCAAUGAUUUAAUUUAAAAUUUUACUAUAUUUUGAAUAGUUUUAUUAUUUGCAAUAAUUUUUUUUCUACAUCUAUAGAUAAAAUGAGUUGAUUUCAUUUGUAGCAAAAUCACCAACCUAAAUAUAAAUAUAAGAAAAUGACAAAAAAAAAUAAAAUCUCAAUCAAUUGAAAUGACUUUCAGUUUCUUUUUUUUUUUUCUUCUAUAUAUAUGAAUAUUUGUAGGGGUUUACCAUUUGGAGCCACUUUUCUAAAAUGUUUAUUAUUUCUGUCUCAUAUAAUUAGAGCAAAGAACAAAAACUAGAACUCAUUAUUAUGAUCCAUUUAAUCUGAUGGUGGCUGUCAUUUGGUCAAUAUGGUUGGAGAGAAACAGGAGGAUUUUUAAUAAUAGCUUGGCAAGCACCAUCAACAUUUGGGAAGAGAUUUGCAACCUCACUAGGCUUUGUUCAUCAAAAAACAAUUUUUUCUCCAAUUACUUUCCAUCUGUCAUUGCAAUAAACAUAAGUGCUUUUAUUU